AUGUCCCAGGCUAGUCCCAGAGCAGUGGUCUCAAGCGCCUAUUGGGAUACAGAACGGGAAUUUUGGCAAUCCGAAGAAUCCCUUGUGCAAGGCGAAUUGGUGAUCCGCAAUCUUGAUGAUGGUGACAGUGGUGAAGCAGAUCUGAGUCAACCGUUUGAUAUUAGAUGGCAGACCUUCUCGCCAAAUGAGAAUAUAUUUGGUGAAGAGGUCACAGCACGAGUGACUAUGGAGAAUGGCAAACUGAAAUCACAGAUCAUUGAGCUCCAUCCAUUACUUAAGAUACCGGAGCUUCUUAGAGAGCUCCAGGAUAACCCAAAGAUUGGGCAGCAUAAGCUGAUGAUCAAAAAGGCCAAUCACGACAGAAGGCAACAUGAAAACAUGGGAUACGGUGGCUCAGGAUUGUUUGGCAUCAUCUGCAAUAAGGGAAAGAUCGCCUCGAUGGGUCGGAUGCGCGAGCGGAUAUUCUAA